AUGUCUCGAAGAGAAGUUAUAUACUCUGAAACAAUGAAUCUACAGAAUGUACAUCCACCGUCCUCUAUUGUUGGUGGUACUUCAAACGCCAGCCCCGCAGGUACCGAUUUGUACACCUCAAAUCCGGAUGAUAACGAAUCUCAGGCACCUACAAACGAGGAGCUAUAUCUCUACAACGAACUGAAAAGAGUCUCAGAAAAUGUGGAUUCUGAUAACCUUGAAGGAAAGCAACAAGAAGAUACAGGAGUACCACAAAAUAUUAUAACCAAACAAUAUGUUCAAACAAUUCCCAGAACAGCUUUGGAUAAUGAAUCAAAUAAUGGAAAUAUCAAAAUGGAAUCUGAACCACCAAUAAACUCAACAACUAGAGUCCCUGAUAAUAAAAACACACAUAUAAAUGGAAAAGAGAAAAACUACAAGUUUGAUGGACCACAGCGUAGCUCUACUAAUGAUAAUGUUCGUAAGUCAGUUCCAAAAAAUUAUGAAAAUCCCUCUAAUAAGUUUUCAACUGAAAUUCCAGAAUCGAAUCUGCCGAAAGAAGAGAGUACUUCAGAGCAACCGUAUUAUGUUAAUGCCAAGCAAUAUUAUAGAAUUCUGAAGAGGAGAUAUGCUAGAGCAAAAUUAGAAGAAUCUUUACGAAUAUGUAGAGAAAGGAAACCAUAUUUACAUGAAUCUCGUCACAAGCAUGCUUUGAGAAGACCGCGCGGUGAAGGUGGCCGGUUCCUCACUGCUGCAGAGAUCAAAGAGCUCAAGGAAAAGGGUGAAUUGAAGGAUACUGAAAAAACUAAAAGUCAAUCAGAUGCAGAAAAAUCUAUAGAUACAAAUGCAGACAUUGUAAAUAGUCAAAAAUCAGGUGCUAGUACUGGAGACUUAGACACCAAAAAAGAUUAA